UACUACCUCUCUAAACAUCUUUUCCUCGCGCGGCGACUCUCUGCUUCUUCUCGGCGUCGAAUCUCAAUCUGUGCCAUGUCUCAACGGCCCAACUUUCAAGGCGGUCGCCGGGGCGGCCCCAACGCCGGAGGACGCGGUGGUGGCCGCCGAGGCGGCGGUGGCGGUGGAGGCCGCGGUGGGGGACGCGGCGAGCAACGGUGGUGGGACCCGGUCUGGCGAGCGGAGCGACUGAGACAGAAACAAUCAGAGAUGGAAGUUCUUGACGAUAACGAGUGGUGGAGUAAGAUGGAGCAGAUGAAAAGGGGAGGGGAACAGGAGAUGGUAAUUAAGCGUAAUUACAGUCGUGCGGACCAGCAAACCCUAUCUGAUAUGGCUUAUCAGCUGGGGCUUUACUUCCAUGCAUACGAUAAAGGGAAGGCUCUUGUUGUCAGCAAGGUUCCAUUGCCAGAUUACCGGGCAGAUCUUGAUGAACGCCAUGGAUCCACACAGAAUGAGAUUCGAAUGUCCUCAGAUAUUGAGCGGAGAGUUGGUAGUCUUUUGAAUAGCUCAGAGUCACAGGGGGCAGUGCCUGUCAAUGAUUCUUCUAUCACACCUAUUCAGAGAGGCAAAAAAUCAACAGCUGGUAGUAAUAUAAGAAAACCUGAUUCCUUGUUGGACAUUGAUUCUGCUAAGGAGAAACUUAGUCUUGAACUUAAGCAAAGGCAGGAAAACAUGAAGGCAAGUGAUUCUUUAAGGGCAAUACAGUCAUUCAGGGAAAAGCUUCCUGCAUUCAAAGUGAGAUCUGAGUUUCUGAAAGCUGUUGCAGAAAACCAGGUAUUGGUAGUUUCGGGGGAGACAGGUUGUGGCAAAACAACUCAGCUCCCUCUGUUUAUUCUAGAAGACGAAAUAUCCUCUCUGCGCGGUGCUGAUUGCUGCAUAAUGUGCACUCAACCCCGCCGAAUAUCAGCUAUAUCUGUUGCUGCUCGUAUUGCUUCUGAAAAGGGGGAGAGUCUCGGCGAAACUGUUGGUUAUCAGAUCCGCCUGGAAGCAAAGCGCUCUGCUCAAACACGGUUGCUAUUUUGUACCACUGGAGUAUUACUCCGACAGUUGGUUCAGGACCCAGAGUUAACAGGGGUGAGCCAUCUGCUAGUGGAUGAAAUCCAUGAAAGAGGCAUGAAUGAAGACUUUUUACUAAUAAUUCUGCGUGAUCUUCUUCCUCGCCGUCCAGAUUUACGUCUUAUUCUAAUGAGUGCUACCAUCAAUGCUGACUUGUUCUCCAAAUAUUUUGGAAAUGCCCCAACUAUACAUAUACCGGGAUUGACUUUCCCUGUUGCUGAGUUUUUUCUAGAGGACGUGCUGGAGAAAACUCGUUAUAAUAUCAAGUCGGAGUUUGACAAUUUUGAGGGGAAUUCAAGGAGAAGAAGGAGACAACAAGACUCUAAGAAAGAUCUUUUAACGGAAUUAUUUGAGGAUGUUGAUAUUGAUUCUCACUACAAAAAUUAUAGUAUAUCUACAAGAAAGUCUCUUGAAGCUUGGUCUGGUUCACAACUUGAUUUGGGCCUGGUGGAGGCGAAAAUUGAAUAUAUAUGUCGCCAUGAAGGUGAUGGAGCUAUUCUUGUAUUCCUUACGGGCUGGGAUGAGAUUUCUAAGCUACUUGACAAACUUAAAGGAAACAACUUCCUUGGCGAUCCCAGCAAGUUUCUGGUCCUUCCCCUACAUGGUUCAAUGCCCACCAUCAAUCAACGUGAGAUAUUUGAUCGCCCUCCCCCUAACAAGAGGAAAAUUGUGCUGGCAACAAAUAUUGCAGAGAGUAGUAUCACUAUAGAUGAUGUUGUGUAUGUCAUAGACAGUGGAAAGGCAAAGGAAACUAGUUAUGAUGCCCUGAACAAACUGGCUUGUCUAUUACCAUCGUGGAUUUCUAAGGCUUCCGCACAUCAGAGACGAGGUCGUGCUGGCCGUGUGCAACCUGGAAUUUGUUAUAGACUGUAUCCAAAAAUGAUCCACGAUGCAAUGCUUCAGUAUCAGUUACCUGAGAUUCUAAGAACACCUUUGCAAGAGCUAUGCCUGCAUAUCAAAAGUUUGCAGCUUGGAACUGUUGGAUCAUUUUUGGCCAAAGCACUUCAGCCACCAGAUGCUCUUGCCGUUCAAAAUGCGAUUGAACUUCUUAAAACAAUUGGAGCUUUAGAUGAGAUGGAGGAGCUUACUCCACUUGGUCGCCAUCUUUGCACUCUACCAUUGGACCCAAAUAUUGGGAAGAUGCUUCUUAUGGGGUCUAUCUUUCAAUGCCUCAAUCCUGCCUUAACAAUUGCCACAGCUCUUGCGCAUCGUGACCCUUUUGUCCUACCAAUAAAUAGGAAAGAGGAAGCUGAUGCAGCAAAAAGAUCCUUUGCUGGUGAUUCUUGCAGUGACCACAUAGCACUUCUUAAAGCCUUUGAAGGAUGGAAAGAUGCAAAACGAAAUGGAAGGGAAAGAGCAUUCUGUUGGGAUAGCUUUUUAUCCCCAGUAACCUUGCAGAUGAUGGACGAUAUGAGAAUGCAGUUUCUAGAUCUAUUAUCAGACAUUGGCUUUGUAGACAAAUCAAGGGGUGCUAAUGCUUACAACCAGUACAGCCAUGAUUUGGAGAUGGUCUGUGCAAUCCUUUGUGCUGGACUAUACCCAAAUGUUGUGCAGUGCAAAAGAAGAGGAAAGCGAUCAGCAUUCUACACUAAAGAAGUUGGGAAAGUUGACAUCCAUCCUGCUUCUGUCAAUGCAGGGGUUCAUCUCUUCCCUCUGCCUUACAUGGUUUACAGUGAAAAGGUGAAAACAACUGGCAUCUACAUCCGAGACUCUACAAAUAUAUCAGACUUUGCUCUACUUCUAUUUGGUGGUAAUCUCACCCCUAGCAAAUCCGGGGAGGGCAUUGAGAUGCUUGGUGGUUACCUUCAUUUCUCUGCAUCAAAGAGCGUUUUAGAGCUAAUACGGAAAUUGCGUGGGGAACUUGAUAAGCUUUUAAAUAGGAAGAUUGAGGAACCGGGGUUGGACAUUUCUAUGGAGGGAAAAGGAGUGGUUGCUGCUGUGGUUGAGUUAUUGCACAGCCAUAAUUUACGUUACUAAACAGCAGUGCUGCCAUUCCUUUUCUUUUCUUUUUCGUUCUUCCUAGUAAGCAACAUGAGAACCAUAGAAUUCUGCCACCAACAUUUUUGGGCAUUUGGAUGUAUGUAAUUUAGUUGGGUGGCUAUAAUACUGAUUUUAUGAUUUUUUUUUUUUUUUAUGUACGCAAAAAUAACAUGGAGGAUGUUUUAGCGAUCUCAAUUUGUAUUUAGCUAUAAAAUCUAUAAAGGUCGAAUUUUUUUCAA